AGAGGAGCCGGGCGGCGCAGGGAAGAGGCAGAAAGGAGAUCGCGCAGGGGAAGGGGGCGGGAGGGGGGUGGGGGAUCCCAAGUUGUCCGCGGCCCGGAGUCUGCGAGGACCCGGAGCGGCGCCGAGGCGACCCGUCUCGCCACAACUUGCCCAGGCGAGACACACGUUUCAGCCUGCGCCCAGCGAGAAGGAGCCGGCCCGCCUCUCACAGCUCGGCAGCUCCCCGGCCUCUGCGGGCCCUGCCUGCGCCAGCAGCGCCCCUCGGAUCUGGGUCCCCCCUGUCGCCCCCGUCCGCUUGCAGCGCCCGGCGCCCGCCCAGGAGCGCGCAGCUGGGGUGCUGGGGAUAUAUCGGUGAGCAAGAGAGACCACAGCCCUUGUUCCCGCUGAUCCUGUAGCCCAGUGGAUGGAGCCCAGAGUCCACAGACCUGCCAGGAAAGAAAAAAAAAUUCCUGAUGGUUGGUCCAAGCAGGGACUCCCCGGUGGAUUGAGGAAUGUCUGGCUUUUCCUCAGUUUAUCGAUAUCUGUGGUAACCACUGGUGGCCCCCAAAAGACCCAAAGAAUGAGAGGCCUGAGGUCUACGAGUUGCUGCUAAAAGUAUUUUAGCCUCUCCAGAAAACAGAAUGCAGCCGCCAGCCAAGUUGGUAAGGGCCCUGGGCGCACGCUGAGCGCGCGGCGCGCCCUUUCCUCCGUCCGGACCUGGGCGCUGCCAUAGCAACGGCCUGGACGCCCAGACCUUAGGCCGCCGCCGCCGCCGCUGGGGACCCGGCCUUCUCCAGCUCCCGAGGCGAGUGGCGGCGGCGGCCUGCGAGGCGGCCCCAGCCGGGUAGACGAGACCGGCCCGCACGUCCGGUGCAAGCAGAGGCGGCGCAUUGGCAUACAAGGAUGCCCUUCCAGAAGCACGUCUACUACCCACUCGCCGGCUGCCCCGAGGGACCCGAAGCCUCUGCGGCCGCCGCGGGCGCUGCUGCCAUGGCCUGCGUCCCCCCCAGCUCGGCUUCGGGCCCCGUGCCCUUCUUCCAGUUCAGGCCGCGGCUGGAGAGCGUGGACUGGCGGCGGCUGAGCGCCAUCGACGUGGACAAGGUGGCGGGGGCCGUGGACGUGCUGACGCUGCAGGAGAACAUCAUGAACAUCACCUUCUGCAAGCUGGAGGACGAGAAGUGCCCGCACUGCCAGUCCGGGGUGGACCCGGUGCUGCUGAAGCUCAUCCGCCUGGCGCAGCUCACCAUCGAGUACCUGCUGCACUCGCAGGAGUUCCUCACCUCGCAGCUGCGCACCCUGGAGGAGCGGCUGCGCCUGAGCCACAGCGACGGCGAGCAGAGCAAGAAGCUGAUCUCCAAGCAGGCUGGGGAGAUCAAGCUGCUCAAGGAAGAGUGUAAACGCAGGAAGAAGAUGAUCUCCACCCAGCAGCUGAUGAUCGAGGCCAAAGCCAGCUAUUACCAGUGCCAUUUCUGUGACAAGGCCUUUAUGAACCAAGCUUUUCUACAAAGUCACAUUCAGCGCCGCCACCCUGAAGAUUCUCACCUUGAGUAUAGGAAAAAGGCACAGACGGAUAAGCUCCAGGGUGAGAUCGACGUGUUGAAGGAGCAGCUGCAGCUCACCCAGUCUCAGCUGGAGGCCGCACAGCACUCCCACGCAGUCAGACUGUCUAAGGAAUAUGAAAUGCAAAAAACAAAAGAGCAAGACUUUCUGAAGUUAUUUGAUAGAUGGAAAGAAGAAGAAAAGGAGAAACUGGUUGAUGAAAUGGAAAAAGUCAAGGAGAUGUUCAUGAAGGAGUUUAAAGAAUUAACUUCCAAGAAUUCAGCACUAGAAUAUCAACUGUCAGAAAUCCAGAAGUCCAAUAUGCAGAUUAAGUCCAACAUAGGCACAUUGAAAGAUGCACACGAGUUUAAAGAAGACCGUUCUCCAUACCCCCAGGAUUUCCAAAAUGUGAUGCAGCUUCUAGACAGUCAGGAAAGCAAGUGGACGGCACGAGUUCAAGCUCUUCAACAAGAACACAAGAAAGAGAAGGAUCGGCUCCUGUCACAUAUAGAGAAACUUCGAACCUCUAUGAUAGACGAUCUAAAUGCAAGUAAUGUUUUCUACAAGAAGAGGUUAGAAGAGCUAGGGCAGAGACUCCAGGAGCAGAAUGAGCUGAUUAUAACUCAGAAACAGCAGAUUAAAGAGUUUACCUGUAAACCGUUAAACAGUGUCAAUGAAUCCAAAGGGACUCAUUUAGCCUGGCAAACUUUUGAAUCUAAGCCAACUGCCCCAGCCAUACCUGUGAAUGCCCCCGCCCUGCCGACUUUGGAAGCUAAAUCAAGUCUAGCGAUGGCACAUGAACAGGCAUUCUCAUCGCACAUUCUGGAACCAAUAGAAGAACUUUCAGAGGAAGAAAAAGGAAGGGAAAAUGAACAGAAAUCAAGUAGCAACAAAAUGCAUUUAAAGAAAGCUUUGAAGAUUAACCCUACCCUCACUAAGGAAGUAAAAACAAUCUUGGAACAGACCUUGGUGGAGAAACUGGAAACCUUUGGGAUUAAUGCGGAUAUACGUGGUAUUCCAACUGAUCACUUGAAUAAAGUGCUGAGAAGUGUGGAAUUAGCCAGACACGAGGUAGAAAAACACAUACCUAACAUUCAGCAAAUUCGAGAACUCAUUGAACAUCAGGUCUGCUGUAAAAUGGAGGAAAGACUCUUACUCUCUUCAGAUAAGCACAGUGUUUCUCAAAUGGAUACCCUUUCAACUGGAGAAGUACCCAAACCGAUACCACUUCCUCCCAAAAGCAGACAACUGACUAGACAAAGACCUGUUUUUACAGAUAGGACAUCUGUUCCAAAAAAUAAGAAAAAUGUCAUGGAAGAUCAUUUUCCCAGAAAGCCUUCAAAUAUUACGUCCCCUCCCUUCAGCUCAGAGGAGGAGCAGGAGGAGGACAACCUCGUCCAGACCUAUGUGUGCCCAGACCUGCUUCCCCUGCAGCCGCCUCAGAGCUCGGGAAGGAACGCCGCCGCCGCCAAGAGUGACACGGACUGGACCACGGGGAGUGAAAUGGAGGACUCGGAUGCUUCUCCCAAGCCCACGGGGACCUCCAUUAAAAUACAAACUGAAAAAGUUGAAAAGAUGGCUUCAAAUCACAUAAUUGUGAAUAAACCAGUUGGUGGGAUUAAUGCUGCUCAGGUCUUUACCAAAAAAGAAGAAUUACAAGAAGAACUAAAGUGCACAGAUGUGGACGACGACGACUGGGACAUAUCAUCCUUAGAGGAAGAAAAAUCUUUGGGGAAAAAAACUGGCCAAGAACCUCCACCACCUAUGAAGCAUGAAUCAAAUUCCAGUCAAGUGCCAAGUGCCUGGGGCCCAUUUAAUCCUAAAGGACCAAAGGGAGAAGGUUUGGGCUUUAAUUCUGGUUAGUUGUUUCAUCUUCAUAAA